UGCCCAUGGACGGAGACCGGGGAUGCAUCAUGUACGCCUAGACGUUGACCCCGAGACGUAUCCCAGGGGAUCCAGGUGAAUGCAGCUGUGACCAUGCGAGUUGCUACAGCGUGCAAGACAUGCCGGUACGUCCUAGCCUGUGAAAGUGAGACAGUGGUUUCCUCCCCCCCCCUUUUUUUUUCUAAAUGAAUGUAGUAGUCGGAAGCAGAGAUGCGAUGUCAACGACAAUAUGGUGUGCUGCACCUACUGUGAGAGCAAAGGACUGCCCUGCUCACUGGUGACAAGGCCGCGGCCGCGAGUGUCGUCGUCGGCGGCGACAAAACGGUCUUCUCGAGGGGAGGCUACAGCAGCUCAGGCGGCGGUGUGUACGACGGCUCGAGUGUGCUCUCAGUCAUGCUCGCCCGUGGAAGUGUCGCCGUUGCCUCCGCGGGAUGUCUGUGAGGACCUGGUGGAUGUCUACUUCUCGACUCUGCACGACACCCAGGGGGCACUGUUCCACCGGCCGUCGUUUAUGCGGGCGUUUGAAGAGAAUACGGUUCCAGAUAUCAUCUUACUCAGCAUAUCAGCGUUUGUUGCACGAUUCUCGAAUCACAGCUACUUUGACGGCGUAGAUCGGUGGGACAGAGGCCACACCUGGGGCCGGGCGGCACGGAACAUGCUGAACAUUCAGACCAUGGAGAUAUCGAUCGUCACGCUGCAGGUCUGUCAUCUGUUGAGCUCGCUGUCCAUCGCCGACGGCGACCCAGCUACCGAGGCUCUAUGCAGCGGCAUUGCCAAUCGGGUUGUGCAGCUGCUCGGGCUGCCGCACCGCCUGAGUCAGGAUCCGCUGCAGAGAGAAAUCGAAUUGCGAGUCUGGUGGUCCAUCUACAUGAUGGACGUUUGGAUCGCCACCGGCCGUGGCUUCCCGCGAACAUUCCAUCUGGAUCUUUCCUGGCCAUGGCCGAUGGAAGAGGCUGCUUUUGAGCAGCUCGGCCCGGACGCAGCCGUAGACCUGAUAGAACUGGACAAUGACCACAUCCUCCGCAAGACCAGCAUGUGGGGGCAGAUGAUCCCGCUGGCUGCGCUGAAAGCGCAGAUCCAAGACCUGAACGACUCGGCCCGGUAUGCAGGGGACACGAUGGACGAGGGCUUCCUCGAGUCCGUGGCAGACCUCUCCUCCAAGCUGGACCAGUGGGUGGUGGAUUUGCCGCCGUCACUGCACGACACCGACGCGAAUCUGGCGCAGAUUGCAGAGCGCGGCAUGGGCCAUGUCUUCGUGGCCCUGCAUUUCGGCUACCACUACUUCGCCAUCCUACUGUACUAUCGCUUCCUGCACGACAGUCUCACGCCGAACAUGUCCGCGCAACGCCUCGUCUACGCCCAGCGGUGCAAGUUCCACGCCACAGCCAUCACCCGCCUCCUCUGGACAGGCACCCACGAGCACCGGUGCAACUGCGUCUGGCUGCUGAUCAGCCACCUGCUGGUCAUCUCCUCGUCGGUGCACCUGCACACCCUCCUCCUCGACACGGACCCGGACCUCAUCGCGCAGGCCCGCAUCCUGCUUGAACGCAACUUCAUCAUGCUCACCAACCUGAUGGAAGUCUGGCCCUGGCUCGCCCACACCAUGGCGCGCCUGAAAUCGUUCCACGACGCCUGUCUGCGCGCCCCAAACGCCGAGGACGCCUUCCAGAUGGACGACUGGAUGAACACCUUCCUGCACCAGCACUCCCACGUCCUCCCCAGCGACCAGCGCGCGUAUCGCAACCAGCUCGUCGAACUAGACCACUGGGAGCAUGCCGUGCUCCAGACCGAGCGUUUUAUCGAUGCAUAAUCGCUGUAUAUAACCGCUGUACGGAACACUGUCAAUAUAGCCACCACUGUACAUACUCUGCCAAUACCAUCUCCAUCAAUUAAUCACUGUAAUCACAAUCAACUUUCAUCCCUCCUCGAAUUAAUACUUCUGUUUAAGACUGCACCCUGACCCUGCUGACUAAGCCCUGUGGGCCGCAUCCCGUGCUGCCAGCGAAAGAGGGAGACUCGCGCAUAGCAACCUUCCCCCC